GCCGAGGAGGAGGAGGAGGAGGAGGAGGCCGGAGCAGGACGCACAACGGCAAGAUGAGUGUGACCUCGUGGUUCCUGGUGAGCAGCAGCGGGACCCGACACCGGCUCCCCCGGGAGAUGAUCUUCGUGGGCCGAGAUGACUGUGAACUCAUGCUGCAGUCCCGCAGUGUGGACAAGCAGCACGCGGUGAUCAACUAUGACCGGGAUAAGGAUGAGCACUGGGUGAAGGACCUCGGCAGCCUGAACGGGACUUUUGUGAACGAUGCCCGCAUCCCGGACCAGAAGUACGUCACGCUGAGGCUCAACGACGUGAUUCGCUUCGGCUACGAUUCCAACAUGUAUGUACUGGAGCACAUUCAGCACAAGGUUCCGGAAGAGGCUCUGAAGCACGAGAAGUACACCAGCCAACUGCAGAUGAGCCUCAGGGGACCGGCCUGUGGGAAGACGGGAGAGACGUCCCGGGUGUCCAGCUCCCUCGUGGACGCCUCGCAAGCCAGGCUGGAGAAGGGAGAGAGGAAGCUCACCACAGAGAUGGCACCGCCAUACCGCACCCCGCUUUAUGGGCAACCCUCCUGGUGGGGCGAGGAUGAGGCCAACAGCAAGCUGGACGGGCAGGAGGGCCGGCGGCCCGAUGACCCAUACCCAGAGAGAAUCAAGGAGGUGCCACCGGGUGACGAGAUCAACGGCAACGUGCCGGGCUACCGGGAUGACCCGGCCUCGGCCCUGUACGCGUUGCGCCGGGAGCCCAGCUACUUCGAGAUCCCCACGAAGGAGUCCCAGCCGCCUCCGGAGGCGCGGGUCCAUGAGAUCCCCACCAAGGACGGGGCGGCCCCCGCGGUGCAGAGCCACGCUUCCUUCACCAUCGAGUUCGACGACGGCAGCCCGGGCAAGGUGAAGAUCAAAGACCACGUGACCAAGUUCUCGCUGCGGCAGAGGCGGCCUCCAGGCCGGGAGGCCGCGUCCGCCCACGUGCACGCGGAGGUGGUGUCCGCCGAGAGCAAGGUGGCCGACUGGUUGGUGCAAAACGAUCCCAGUCUGCUGCGGAGGCCCACUCCCGGGGAGGAUGGCUACAGCACCAAGAGCGACCUCCCCAUCCACGCCAAGACGCUCAAAGGCCAUCGGCACGAGGACGGAACACAAAGCGACUCGGAGGACCCGGUGGCCCCGAAGGCGGAGAAAGAUGAGGCAGGGGUGGGCCGUGAGGCUGGGGCCCCGGGGGCGGCUGACCAGCAGGCCCGGCGGCAGCGGCAGAUCCGGCGGGACCCCCAGGAGCUGCUCCACAACCAGCAGGCCUUCGUCAUCGAGUUCUUUGACGAUGACACGCCCCGCAAGAAACGCUCGCAGUCCUUCACGCACAACGGCCCCUCCGGCCCGGGCGAUCCGGAGCCCAGGGCCAGGCCUGACCGCCGCCGGCCACCGGCCCCGGCCGGCCAUGCCCCUGCCCCGCAGCGGGCCACGUCCCUCAAACGGGAGAAGACGGAGGAGCGUCAGAGCUGCGGCUGGUCCCGGCCACCGGCCAAGCCCUACGGCAGCGUCGGCCGUCGGUCCCGGGCCGCCCAGGAGUUUGCCGCCGAGUACCUCCGGGAGGCCGCUCGGGUCAAUCAACCGGCUGGGGAGAGGCCGUCCAUCCCCCGCGCCGGGGGAGCCCCGUUUCCCCCUGCCGAACCCCUUCCCCCCGAGGCCCCCCCUCCCACGCCGGCCGCCUCCGACCCCAAGCUGGCCAAGGCGCGCAAGCAGGACGAGGACGACAGCCUGAGCGACGCUGGGACCUACACCAUUGAGACGGAGACUCAGGACAAGGAGGUGGAGGACGCGCGGAAGAUGAUCGACCAGGUGUUUGGGGUGUUCGAGUCUCCCGACUUCUCCAGGAUCACAGCCGCGGCCUUCCGGCCCAUCAUCCGCGGGGAGAGGGAGGGCGCUUGCUCGCCCGAGGCCGGCGGGUACCCUAAAACGGCGCUGAUGCAGGACUUCGGUGGCCGGGCUGGGGGCAGCCCCCCGGUGACAGACCCUCAGGUCCUACCAACGUCCGGCUCCCCGGGUAGUCAGAAGUGGGUGUCCAGGUGGGCCAGCCUGGCGGACAGCUAUGCGGAACCGGGACCGGCCGGCCUGCUCUAUGAGAUGCAUCAGUCCGGUAGCGGGGCGGAACCAGGAAGCACCACAGGUCCCCCUGCCCCAGAGCCGGAGCCCGCCCUGCCUUCGAGGAUCCGCCGCCUCCUCCCACAACUCCCACCCAGUGACAGGCCAGAGGCCCCAGCCCCAAGCCCGCUCCUCGGCCAGGAUCCACCGGCCCAAGUUCCCGGAAGGAACGCGGGGAGGCCGGCCCCCUCGGAGGUGCCCAUCAGCCCAGGCGAGAGGCCGCUGGGCCAGGAGGACCUGGACCCCGACAGCCUCAGCGACGCCAGCCGUUCUGACGAUGGCUUCUCUGAGCAGAGCAGGCUUCACCAGGAGGCGGGUAGGACCGCCGAGCCAGACUGGGCAUGCCGGAGCUCCAGCCCGGCCCCUGCCGCCAGGACGCCGGGUGUCCCGGGGAAUCUGGGCCGGCCGGGCGGAGACCCGGCCCCGACGUCUCUGCACAUCGGCGGUGAGGGUGGGGCCCCGACGCUCCCCACGAGACCCUCCCCGCCAGGGGCCGGGGACUUGGGGCCGCGGGUGUCCCCCCGCUGUCUCGUCAGCGUGAACGGCGCUGGGAAGCCCCUGGCCCGGGGUGGAAACAGCCCCUGCUCCAGCUCAUCAGGGAAAACACCCGUUUCGCUCCAGGCCAACCUGGGCCCGAGUGUCCAGGGCUCCAGGGGCACCACAGUGGCCACCACCCACUUCGCCCGGCAGAACAGCUUCACCAAGGAGCCACCGGGCAGCGGGGCCUCCCACGUGGCCAGCCACCCACUCCUCCGAGACCUGGAGGCUUCUCGGGCCCACCGCCUGGACCUCGGGCAGGACACCCACCUCAUCCUGAAGGAGACCGAGACGGCCCUGGCGGCCCUCGAGGCCAAGAUCCUCUCCCAGACCCAGCCGGAGGUGGGGGGCGGGGUCCCGGCCCCCCUCGAGGACUCCCUGUCCGGCGACUCCGACGUGGACACGGGCAGCACCGUCAGCCUGCGGAGCGGCAAGGACGGCGCCGGCCCGGGGCCCCGACCCCAGCCGGGGGCGAGCGGGCCUCCGCGGGACAAGCCGCUGCCCGGGCCGGCGGCUCAGGACCCGGGGUCCCGGCCCAGUGCCCGCGAGAGGCUCUCGGAGAAGCGCCGGACCCCGCCUUCCGAGACGGGGGUCUCGGGGGACGGCAUCCGACGUGUCCCACUGAGGCGCAGCAACGGGCCGCGGGGGUCGCAGGAGCUGACGGACGACGAGCGGGGCCCCGGCGCCCCCGAGCCCGCCGACCCCCGGACGGCCCCCCGCAGGAGGCCCGGCCCCCAGCCUCCGGCCAGGGAGGAGCAGAGCCGCGUGUCCGCCAACGUCCAAAAGGUGCAGCAAGCCCUCACCCGUUCCAACAGCCUCUCGGCCCCCCGGCCCACGCGGGCGUCGAAGCUGCGACGCGCACGGCUGGGUGACGCCUCGGACACCGAAGCCGGGGAGACCGAGCGGGCGGGGCCCGAGGCCAAGCAGGCCACCGAAGCCAAGAAGUUGUCCCGGCUGGACAUCCUCGCCCUGCCCAGGAAACGGGCCGGCUCAUUCACCGUGCCCAGCGACUCGGAGGCCACGCCGCCCCGGGCCGGCUUCUCCGGCCGCAGCGUGGAGUCGUACAGCUCCGGCCGCAAGCCCACCAUGGCGGAGGCCCGAGCCGCGGCCCGGAAGACGGCGGCGACGGUGGCGACGGCGGCCGCACCAAGGCAGCCGUUCAGCCGGACCAGGCCGGGGAGCGCCAGAUACUCCUCUUCUUCUUCCUCUAACAACACCCGGCGGAGGCAGCAGGGCUCGGAUUACACAUCCACAUCCGAGGAGGAGUUUGGCUCCACCCACAGCUCCCCCAAACACAAACGCUCCCUCACCUCCACAGCCACCCAGACCCCCCGGCGGCACGGCCCGAGCCGGCCGAAACGGCCCGGGAGGGAGACGGACGAGGACGAGGACGAGGACGAGGCGGAUCCUUUCGGGUUCAUCGUGCAGACGGCCGAGAUCGCCGAGAUCGCCAGGCUGAGCCAGACUUUGGUGAAGGACGUGGUCACCCUGGCCCGAGAGAUCCACGAUGUCGCCGGCGAUGGGGAGUCCCACAGCUCGCCCGGGGCGGGACCCAACGCCUCCCUGGGCUCCGUCCCCAGCACGCCGGCAUCCAUCAUCUCUGCCAGAGAAGAGCAGCUGGUCCAGCACAUCCCGGAAGCCAGCCUCAACUUCCAGAAGGUGCCUCCGGGCUCCCUGGGCCUCAAGGAUUUCAACCAGAACGUCAACGACAGCCAAGACGACAACCUCACCCGGAGGACCAGAGCAAGAAACCGAGAGGAGGUCAUCUUCGAUAACCUGUUGCUGAACCCCGUGUCCCAGCUGUCUCACACAAUCCGGGAGAACACCGAAAACCUCGCGGAGAAGAUGAAGAUCCUCUUUCAGAACACAGAAAGGACCUGGGAGGAGCUGGAGGCCAAACUCAACCUGGAGAAUGAAGUGCCCAUCCUGAAGACGUCCAAUAAGGAAAUCAGCUCCAUCCUGAAGGAACUGAGGCGGGUACAGAAACAACUCGAAGUGAUCAACGCCAUCAUUGACCCCAGCGGCAACUUGGAGGUGGUCGCCAGCAACCGAGUGUCCGCCGGGCUGACCCCGCCAGGCAGGGCCAGGACUCCCUAUAGCCCGCCGUCCCCGGGGGACGGGCCGCCUCUCCCCCCACCCACCAGGAUCUCCACCCAGAGGUCAAACUGCGCGUCCUCCGGCCUCUUCGACCCCAGCUUCGGCCCGGACGGAGAGAGAUGCGGGCUGUGACCGGCCGUGGCCAUCUGUGCAUCUCCUGUGGUGUGUUUGUGUCCUGGGGGCCGCGGGGGGCCGUGGGGGUAGAGCGCAGCCCCGCCCCCGGCGCGGAGAUCGGUGCCAGUGAUGGUGGCGGGCAGGGGUGAGGGGAGGCUCCACUAGUCUUUGGCCAGAGGUGGACACCGGGGCCUCACGCCUGGCCCGGGCGGAGCAGGUGCUCAAGAAGGAGGGAGAAAGGGAGACGGACAUUGUCUCCAGACAAUAGACCGGUCAGUGCUUUGGGGCGGGGGUGGAAUGCUCACCCUUCUCCCCCCUGUACUCUCUAGCGUGGAGCAUGUACCCACACACACGUGUGUAUGCGCGCACACACACACAAACCUACCACAUACAUUCACAAACACCCUGACACAGAGAUGCACAGAGACCCCCCCCCCCCGCCACACACAUCCAGAGACACGUAGCCACCCAGAGAGCCCCAACCCCCGCCCUUUCCCUCGCUCCAGGACAUCAUGGCCCGACCCCAGGAAGCCUGUGUUCCCGACUUUGCCUCUGAUUCCCGUUACAGCUUUGGUGCCGCAACGGCUCUCUUGGUCGUGCACAGCCACUGGGAGAUGCUGGUGGACGGGGGCUUCUCUGAAUGGUGUUCCCACCCCUUCCCCUGCUCCUCUUCUCUAUCGGAAGCAGCACUGUCUUCUUUCCCUUGCCUGGCGUUUGUGCCAAACUGCCCCGGGUUGCCCUGCCCCGCCUUCCCGGGGCUUUUAAGAAGGGGGGAGAGGGGUUGGGUUGGCACUGGUUGGUGCCAAAUGGUCCUGGACAGUCUCCAGAUCCCAAAUGUACAGGUUUGGCACAGAAGCCUCCAAAACGGUACGGGGCAAGGCCCUGCCCACCGAAGCAGCAUUUCCUGCUCUACUGGGAACAGGCUGGAACCCAGGGGACUGAAUUCCCACCCCAUUCCUACACUCAUGGGUCCUGGCAAAGAAAGGAGAGGGGCAGGGGGAUGGGGGGGGGCGGUCAGGGCUGAGAUUAGUAUGGGGGAGGGGGUCCUGAGCACUGGCAUCAGCCUCCAGACACCCCAAGUCAGGAAUACAGGUCUGGGAUUUCUGGGGAAGGCAUCUCUUUCCUCUCCUUUCACUGCGCACAUUCCGAGCCCUGUGUGGGCUUGAGCCCAGCCCUACCCGGUGCUGGGUCACCUCCCCGCACCAGCUCCCAAGGACUCUGGGGCCAGCCUGGCAUGGAGACGGAGUGAGCGCCCACCCGCAGGCUAGGCCUGCCAGCCUGAGCCCCCAUCUGUGAGGGAACCGCGAGGCUGGCCUGGCCAGGGAAGAGCCGGGCCCAGCCCUCUCUCUGAAUGACACCCUCAUCCUUGAGCCUGGCUUCUCCCAGCCCUCCCCUGGCCCCACCAGGGUGCGGGUGAUGGGCCGUUCGUUAUUGCCGUGGCCCCAACAAUAAAAAGUUAGCGCUGUUGUUGUUUGAGGGCAGACUUUGGCCUUGCCCCCUCCCCGUGCAGGGGUAGACUCUUCUCACCGCCCCAGGUUCUGCCCGGGAUGUGCUGAGCCCAUCCACAGCCUCCCUAUCUUGGAUGGCUUUCGCCCCCUCCACAGAGCUGCCCGCUGGCCUCGCCAACCCUGACCGCUGCCCCAGGUGUGAAUUACCCUGCCCUGGGAGCAAGCACUCUGGUCCUGAGCCUCCCUUGGGAGCUCAGUUUCCCUGCAAAAUGGGUAGAGUAAUCAUCAUCAGUAUUUGAGUGACCACUGUGUACAGAGGACAGUGCCGCUGUCUUUUGUGUGCAGUGCACU